AUGGACUUCAAGGAAAAACCCAGCUCUCCGGCCAAAGGCUCGGAAGGUCCUGGGAAAAACUGCGUGCCAGUCAUCCAGCGGACUUUCUCUCACUCGAGUGGGGAGCAGAGCGGCAGCGACACGGACACAGAGAGUGGCUAUAGAGGAGAAUCAGAGAAGGGCGACUUGCGCAGUGAGCAGCCGUGCUUCAAAAGUGACCACAGACGCAGGUUCACCACGGGAGAAAGGAUCGGCGCAAUUAAGCAAGAAGCCGAAGAAUCCCCCACAAAAAAGAACCGGAUGCAGCUUUCGGAUGAUGAAGGCCAUUUCACUAGCAGUGACCUGAUCAGCUCCCCGUUCCUGGGCCCACACCCACACCAGCCUCCUUUCUGCCUGCCCUUCUACCUGAUCCCACCUUCAGCAACUGCCUACCUGCCCAUGCUGGAGAAGUGCUGGUAUCCCACCUCAGGGCCAGUGCUAUACCCAGGCCUCAACGCCUCUGCCGCAGCCCCCUCUAGCUUCAUGAACCCAGACAAGAUCUCGGCUCGCUUGCUCAUGCCCCAGAGACUCCCUUCUCCCUUGCCAGCUCAUCCGUCCGUCGACUCUUCUGUCCUGCUCCAAGCUCUGAAGCCGAUCCCCCCUUUAAACUUAGAAACCAAAAACUAA